AUGGAGAAACAGAACAGAGGGAACCAGAGGCCCUGUGACGCUAUCGGACGCUAUGCUGGAGCCAGCAAGGUCAGGUUAUUCGAGGAUGUGCUUGACCUCUUCAGCUACACCAGUGGCUUUGUCGCAGCAGCUUUGGGAGGAGCCAAGAGCACAGGCGCAGCACUGCGUGAUGAAUCCUAUGUACGACGCUGGCUGCCUGAACUUGAACAUCCUGCUGGCUCUAUCCACACAGGAGGAGCUGUGAGGGGCCACAUCGCUCCACUUGCCACAGAGCCGCUGCAGCUUGGCCGGCGCAAGCUUGGAGUGUGGCAGGCGGCUUUCAACAAAACACUCAUCAGGCCAUUGAGCCCUAUGCAGGCAAAGCCACAGAUUCCAGGCAGCCAAACUGCAGGGCGAUGGCAGCUGCAGCAGGACAAUACAUAG